GUGCAACCAAUAUUUAAGACACUAGUACUCGUAUAAAAGUCACUUUGUUUUAAACUGAAAAUCAUGGAAAAAUGAUUGUUUUCUGUAUGUUAAUGAUUGGUCUGUUGACCGGGAAAGGCGUUUUUCCUGUAAAGUAUCCCAUGACAGACAACCCUGUCAUUAAGGACGGCAAACGUUCAGGUGAAAGUGAAUGUAACGAAGCCUUGCGAAAAGAUCCACCGCAUUGUGCAACGAAUUACUGGUUCUACUGCAACACUGACAGGCAGGGGGAGUGUUUACAUAGCUGCAUGGAUUUUGCUUGUCAAAACUUGCACCCACCAGUUUGGACGACUCCAUAUACAACCUCAUAUCUAGAGUCUCCAUCAUCAUCAUCAUCAUCAUCAACAUCCUUGCAAUCACCUGAAAGUAAGAGACCCAAUACAGACUUGACUGUAACAUUAUCUGCUCUUACAACGCCAACAGCCUGCAAUGACAGCCCCAGUGCCAAUUGUUCUCUCUACAACGCCACGGUGAUAUGUGAUCUACACGGUGCUUAUUACCUCUGGGCAAGGAAACACUGUCCUCUAUUUUGUGGAUUUUGCCACGUUGUUACGUGCAAUGAUAACCCAAGUGCUAACUGUGCUCUUUAUAAUUCAACUGCAAUUUGUGAUGUGAAUGGUCCUUACUACACUUGGGCCAGAAGGAAUUGUGAGAAGACCCGUGGAUUCUGUCAAGGUAACAAUCUUACUAUUCAGUUAUAUCCAGAAAAUGGUUUUUUUUCCAAAGAUGCUCUACAAGUACAAAUGUACUUCUAUUUGCCAUUUUAUGUAAAAAAAAAUAAUUUCUUACUGAAAGGAACCAACAAAGAAUCAGAUGACAGUGGAAUCAUUUUUAUUUGUGCGGAUUAG